UUUUGGAGUUUCACAAAUUCUGCCAUUUAGCGAGUAUGAUGUGAAGAGAGUGGGUGAAUGAGACAGUGGAGCUUCAGAUGAGAAGAAUGGAGGGAAUGUAAGUCUAGUACCCACCAUUUCCUGACACACUCUUCCCCCUUCAUUCUCUCGCUCUCUCGUCCAGUAAACAGACCUCAGGAUCACAGGCUGUGUCUUACUGCAAUGAACCCAUGUGAGCAAGACCCGACGGGAAACACAUUACCUACAGGAUCUUCCUUCAACACAUCCUCUCUGUCCUCAGCAAGACUCUCUCCAAGUCUUGGCCCUAUUUCUCCUUCCCCUUCCAGUCUCUACCCAUGUCCAGUUACCUCAACCUCCUCUCCCUCCCGUCUCUCACCUUUAUCCACUCCUCCUUCUCGUCUCAGUCCAUCGUCUCACUUUAUUUCAUCCUACUCUCCUGUUCGUCUGUCUCCUUGUCCCACAUGUGAUCCAUCUACUUCACCCACUAGAGUGCCCCCCUGUCCUGUGCCUCUUUCCCCCUCUGUCGUCUUAAAAAAGCCCAUCCACAUUUCCUCCUUCAGUCAGACCGGCCAAAGCUUGGAACAAGAGAACCAGAUUGACAGUUCUCCAACCAGCAUCAUCAAUAUAGUGGAUACAUCCCUGAAUUCAUCACAAUUGAAGUCAGUCAAGACCAUUUCUCAAAUAGCGACUACAAUUAAAGAGCUACCAACAGACAAAGACAAACCAUUACAUUCUGCUGAUAUACGUGGUAAAACAUGGCCAGACAGCAAAAUAUCUCGAUUUUCACCCAUUUCAUCCACUGAGAGAAGCGUCAGAUCAAUCCCCAUAACCAACACGAGGGGUCAAAAAAAGCAAACUGGCCUACAACAAGAUUCACUCAGACCUCAACGGCAAGAUAAGCUAAAACAAACUUCGAACGUCUGCUUCAGGGAAGUUACCAAGCCUCCAACGUUUGUGAGCAUAAGCCCUAAAAACCUCAGACAUGUUGAAAAAAGGGUUGUUAAAGCCUUGUUAAAGAAUGUUAAAGCCCCCCUGUGGUGA